UAUUAUUAUUAUUAUAAUGUCGCGUAGCAAGAUAUGGAAGUACUAUGACAAGCUGGAUCGUAACUCUGCCUUGUGUCAGCUGUGCGAGAAGGUCAUCAAGACAUGCGGCAACACCUCCAAUCUGAUGAAGCACAUGAAGACGCAUCCGCAAGUAGAUCUCUUCGACGACGAAACGGUGGUGGUGCGGGGCAUAUACAAGCGGCGGGAUCAGGAUGACCACAAGCGGCGGCUGCGGAAGGUGCUGCCCUUCAAGGAGGAGAGCUCCGACUUCCACAGCGAGCUGCUCUUCAAGGCGGCCAAGGAUGCGGGCGAUAUCAUCGAAAUGGAGGCUCAAGGACUCACCAAAACGACCCUGGAGGAUCACAUCUCCGUGCAGAGCGUUGGAUAUGCGUGGGUCACGCCGGAGGCAGCGAUUUCUGGAACAGAGACUGUCAGCGCCGAGGACAUCAUCGAGUACGAGCCAAAGGAAGAGACCGAAGAGCCAGAUAGAAAUGCAAUUCACCAAGAUGUAACAGUUCCUGAAGCUAACAACCUUAAAGAGGAAUCACCCUUGCCAAACCUACGUUCCUUCCAUCAGGACAUGGCCUUUUUCAUCUGUCGCGAUCGUCAGCCGCUGCAGGUUCUUCAGGGCGAGGGAUUCCAGCACCUAAUGAAGGUCCUCUGCCCCACCUACAAGCCACCAAGUGUGACGGACCUGGAAGCCAUCAUCGGAAGGGAGUCGGAACUACAGAGAUCCAAGCUCCGUCAUCAGUUGAACAAAACCUCCACACUCAGUCUGAGUUGCUCCAUGCACACAAAUUCCGCGGGUCAAAGCUGGCUGGAGCUGGUGGCCCACUUUCAAGAGGGACGGCAGAGAAUCUCUCGAACGCUCUCCGUGCAGAGCCUUCCCGAUCCUUUGACUUCCAGCCAAGUAGUGGAGCGCUUGGAGCGUGUAUGUCAGCGCUUCGACAUCCUCAAGUCGAAGAUCACCUGCGUGACGACCAGGAGCUGUAGUUUGCUGGAGGAGGCGGUCAGCUUGUUUCUGGGCGCCGAACAUCAUGUGCUGUGCUUCGCUGACCAAUUGGAAGCUCUCUUGGAGGCUGUGCUGCUGCGACCCGAGAUCAGGGGCCUUUGCGAGAAGGUGCGUCGUUAUGUAGAGGCUACAUUAGAAGCAGGAGUUCAUAAGCUCCAGCUGGAUAACAUUAAGCGACCCUUUAGCAGCUAUGAAAUGCUAGAAAUGUACCUGAAACAUUCCGCCAUUCAUUUGGAAGAGUCGCUUCCUCUUUCGCCGGCGGAGACUGAUCUCUGUCAGCAAUUGCUGGACGUCCUGCGACCCCUGACCAGCUCCAUGCGCGAGCUUAGUCGAACGGAAUAUCCAGCGGCCAGUACUGCCCUGCCCAUCGCCCACACCCUGAUCAACGAACUAAAGCAGGAGAAGAGUGCCGAGCACAAGGUUAUCCAGGAGUUGCGCCUGUUUAUGGUGCAGCAUAUGGUAAAUAAUUUCGAGGAAAUGGAGGCAAACUUGCACGUUUCCAUGGCCACUCUGCUGGAUCCGCGCUUUCGAAAUAUUCCCUUCCAAAGCGGAGCCCUGGUGGCCAAAUACAUGACGCAGCUGUAUGACUGGAUGCAGGCGCAUGUGGACAGCGGUGAGGCAAUUGUGGGUGAAGAUCCUGUUGCCCAGGAUAACUUCGACAUUUGGGCCGCCUACAAAUCCUUUUCCCACGAGAAGCAGCGGCUUAUUAAUGGGACUAAUGGCCCCGAUGCCGAUGAUGAGAUAGCCACUUACUUCUGCGCUAGCAUAAGCACCCUGCAGGCGGAUCCCUGUCGUAUUUGGCAGGAGCUAGCGGCAGCUCAUCCCUUCCUGCACAGCGUGGCCCAAAGGUACCUGCACAUUCCGGCAACCGCGGAGUCGCCGUCUCGACUUUUCACAGCCGAAGGAGCUGCGGUGACGGAGAAGUACGCCAGCCUGCUGGAAAAAAACAUGGAGAACGUCCUCUUUAUGGCGGAUGUCCCGACAAAAGACUGGAAUUUAUAGCAUAGCCGUUUAGUUAAUUCCCACCGUAGCAUUUAAUGUUUUCACCCACCUCUUACGAAUUGGACAUUUAUCUUUAAUUUAAUUGUACCUAAACUUUCACG